GUGUGAACUGUGACAGUGUGUGUGUGGAGGGCCGAUGGGGCCCAGACUGCUCCUACUCCUGUACCUGUGAGAACGGAGGCUCCUGCUCACCGGAGGACGGGACGUGUGUGUGUGCCCCCGGAUACAGAGGCACCUCCUGCAGACGCAUCUGUUCUCCAGGGUUCUAUGGUCAGCGCUGUAGUCAGUCCUGUCCUCAGUGUAUCCAUAGCGAUGGUCCCUGUCACCACAUCACAGGACACUGUGAGUGUCUGUCAGGAUUCUGUGGCUCUCUGUGUAACCAAGUGUGUCCCAGUGGCAGGUAUGGGAAGGGCUGUGCAGAGCUGUGUAUGUGUAGUAACAACGGGACCUGUAACCCCAUCGAUGGCUCCUGUCAGUGCUACCCAGGAUGGAUCGGAGAGGACUGCUCUAAAGUGUGUCCCCAGGGUGCGUGGGGUCCAGACUGCAUCCAUACCUGUAACUGUCACAACGGGGCUCAGUGCAUCGCUACAGACGGACAGUGUAGCUGCGGCGCAGGGUGGAGCGGACUGUACUGUACACAACGUUGUAGUUCAGGGUUCUUUGGUACCGACUGCUCUGAGGUGUGUCGGUGUCAGAACGGAGCGGACUGUGACCACAUCACUGGUCAGUGCUCCUGUCGGACCGGAUUCAUUGGACACAGCUGUGAACUCAAGUGUCGUCCCGGUACGUUUGGCUACGGCUGUCAGCAGCUGUGUGUGUGUAUGAACAACGCCACCUGUGACUAUGUGACUGGAACCUGCUACUGCAGCAUCGGAUACAAAGGCAUCCGCUGUGACCAGGCUGCCCUGAUGAUGGAGGAGCUGAAUCCUUACACUAAGAUCAGCCCGGCCUUGGCAUCAGAGCACCAGUCAGCGGGCGCUGUCAUGGGCAUCAUCUUCCUCCUCCUCUUCAUCAUGACCGUGUUGGGGGUGGUGGUGUGGUGGCGGCAUCACCAGAGAGAGAAAGGAGGGCAGCACAUGCCCAGUGUGUCCUACAGCCCUGCCCUGAGGAUCAGCAGCCAGGGUUACUCCCUCUCUGGUGAGACGCUCCAGACUCUACCACUUAGUCGUGGCAUCAGUGUACAGGCUUUGUUCUCCUCUCUAGACUCCUCUCCUACCAUCAGCAACGUCAGUCAAUGUUUCACUAAUCCCGCCUAUCACACUCUGGGAGCAUGUACCUACGCUGGCCACUACGCCAAGCCUGACAAGAAGACCAGAAGGGCCAAGGUGAAGGACAAGAGGUUAAACAGGAAUAGUGCUCCAGAGUGGACAGCCUACUAUAACCUCGAUGAACUGGGUGUGUACCGUGUAGACAGACGCUACAGCUCCUACCAUGAACAGUACUACAGAG